UACUUGAUAGGUCGUGGACUGAUCUGUAUGAUGUAUGUUGCCAAGGCUCAUCUCAAUUACAUCACAGCAAGGAUAUAGCAGCCGGCCCUACACACAGCAACAACCACGGGUCGAGGACGUACGUGACAGCGGUUUGCACUGUUUACUUCCAUACUGGAUAACGACCGUAAUAUAUGAUGACUUUAAAGAAAAAGCUGCAAAUAAAAAAUGAACUGGCAAGACAGAUAAUUGCUGAGUUUUGGGGGACAUUUAUUCUCGUGACCUUCGCAAUAGCAUCCGGGGCCCAGUAUGUCCUCAGCCGCCAGGAACUGUCCAGUUACCUGUCCGUCAGCUUCGCCGGCGGCAUGGGUCUCACACUUGGUAUCUACUGGUCUGGAGGGGUGUCAGGGGGGUGCCUGAACCCCGCCGUCACCAUGGCGUUGUGUCUACGAGGUGUCAUCCCCUGGUACAAGUGGCCCUUCUACACUAUGGCCAACCUAGGAGGGUCCUUCCUUGCUGCGGCGGUGCAGUAUCUGCUUUACUUUGAUGCCCUGAACAACUACGAUGGCGGCCUGAGAUCAACCACAGGCCCCACAGCUACUGCCGGGAUAUUUGCCACGUAUCCGCAGCCGUACGUGUCUACUGCAAGCUGCUUUUUCGAUCAGGUAUUCGGCACGUUCAUCCUUCUGGGUUGUGUGUUGGCCAUCACAGACAGACGCAACAUGGCGCCUAGCGACGGCUUUCUCCCCGUCGCUCUCGGCUCCAUCAUGCUGGGCAUGGGAACCUGCUUCGCCCUCAACUGUGGCUACGCCAUCAACCCGGCGAGGGACCUCGGUCCGAGAUUGUUUACCGCUAUAGCCGGAUGGGGGUCAGAUCCUUUCACGUUCCGGGACUACAAUUGGUUCUGGGUUCCCGUGGCUGGCCCGAUGGUGGGUGCUGUGUUGGCCUGGCUGGUGUACACCAUGUUCAUAGAACUGCACUGGCCGGACGAGGAGAAGAACUUCAUCGACAGCUCCUGUCCCGGCAACAAUGGCAGACACGUGGUCAGCAUAGCAACCGUGGACAGGGGUCACAUAAAUCCAACAUUCAGCUGUGAUACUCCUGAGACGUCACAUACCCAUUUGUGAUGUUGGUGUUCCUGAGACGACCCAUGCCAGGCUGUGAUGUUGGUGUUCCGGAGACAUCCUACACCAGGCUGUGAUGUGGAUGUUCCUGAGACGUCAAUGCCAACAUGUGAUGUUGAAGUCCUGAGACGUCCAUACCAGCCUGUGAUGUUGGUGUUCCUUAGACGUCCAUACCAGCCUGUGAUGUUGGUGUUCCUGAGACGUCCAUACCAGCC